AUGACGUCCGCUACUACCAUGCAGGCAUUGAACUACCUCGGGCCCUACAAGGUUCGCGUUGAAGAGGUGGAAAGGCCAAAGCUGCAGCAUCCUGAUGAUGUUAUUGUCAAAGUCACCACUGCUGCUAUCUGCGGGUCAGACUUGCACAUGUACGAAGGGAGAACGGCCGCGGAGCCAGGAAUAACUUUCGGUAAGAUGUCCACGCCGAACCAACUGUCGACAAUCACUAAAAAAAAUAAAACAAAAGGACACGAGAAUAUGGGAAUUGUUGAGGAGCUCGGAGAGGGAGUCACAUUAUUGAAGAAGGGCGACCGCGUUGUGAUGCCAUUCAAUGUCGCCGACGGCCGCUGCCGCAACUGUGAAGAGGGAAAGACGGCUUUCUGCACUGGUGUCAAUCCCGGAUUCGCAGGUGGCGCAUACGGUUAUGUCGCCAUGGGUCCUUACCGCGGAGGACAGGCACACUCCCCCCCAGGCAAGGAGCACGAGUCCGAUUUCAUUCUUCUUGCAGAUAUUUUCCCCACCGGCUGGCACGGUGUCGAGAUUUCCGGGUUCAAGUCAGGUGAAAGUAUUGCUGUCUUCGGCGCCGGUCCUGUUGGUCUGAUGGCGGCGUAUUCGGCUGCGUUGCGAGGAGGAUCGAACAUCUACGUGGUUGAUCGUGUCGCCGAGCGAUUGGAAGCCGCGAAGAAGAUUGGGUGCAUUGCAAUUGAUUUCACAAAGGGCGAUGCAGUUGACCAGAUUAUCGAGCAUAACGGGGGAGAGGUUGACCGGUCUAUCGACGCUGUCGGCUACCAGGCAGUUGGUUCCGAUGGAUCUUCCGAGAAGGCCAACAUUGUUCUUGAGAACAUGAUUCGGGUGACUCGUGCUUGUGGCGGACUGGGAAUUCCGGGCCUCUAUGUCCCUAGAUACCUGAGAGACCUUAUAAUCGCCGGAAAAGCGAAGCCUAGCUUCGUAGUAUCACACGAGCUAGGAUUGGCCGAUGCGGUGAUGGCUUACGAUAAGUUCGACAAAAGAUCAGACGGGUUCACCAAGGUUUUACUGCACCCCAAUGGUGGUUUCUGA